AUGGAGGCCCUGACAGAAGUCGUGCCGUCGGUGGAGACAGCAUCCACGCCGACGACUCACCAUGACGACGUCGCCGCCAAAGCUGCCCUGACGCCGCCGACGAGCGAAGACAACGACAAGAGAGACGAGAGGAUGUCGUCAGAGCUAUCUGAUAUUGACAGCGACGAUGGCGAGGAUAUCGAGCCUGACCAUUAUUUCGAGGGCGGAAAGAUACCAGUGUUCAAGCCGACCAUGGACCAGUUCCGCAAUUUCAAGAGAUUCAUCGACAAGAUUGACAAGCACGGAAUGAAGUCUGGCAUUGUGAAGGUCAUUCCGCCUGACGAUUGGCGCAACGCCCUUCCCGACCUCAGCGAACAGAUCAAGUCGAUCAAAGUCAAGAACCCCAUUAUGCAAGAAUUCGCCGGCCAGCACGGUAUCUACACCCAAGCGAACAUCGAGAAGCAGCGCUCAUACAACUUGCCUGAAUGGCGGGCUGUUACCGACGAGCCGCAUCAUCAACCCCCGGCAAAGCGAGGCGAGCGCCGGAAAGCUGCUGCAGAAGCACCGUCCAGGACGCGUUCCACAAGAGCUCAGGCCGCCCCCACGAAGACUGACGAUGCUCCUAAACGUGGACCCGGACGCCCUCGCAGACGUCAGACCAAGACUGAGAAGAAAGACGAGGAUGAUGACGCCGAUUCCAUCGACGUUCCUCCCACGCCCACCUCGCCAGGCAGGGAGGAGAAGAGGACGACGCGGAGACGAGUCAAGAAAGAGGACCAGGAUGAUGCACCACCGACAAAAGCACGUGGUCGCCAGCCCAAAAUUGACCAGAAGAAAUCCGUUUCGUCUCGCCGUCUGAACAACAGAGGUGCAGUCGCAGAUUACAUUGACGAAGAAGCCUUUGACGAGUUUGACUAUCACCUGGAAGGCCUUGAGGAAUACACGGUUGAGCGAUGCAAGGAACUCGAAGACAACUACUGGAAGACCAUCAACUACGGCCAGCCCAUGUACGGCGCUGAUAUGCCAGGCUCGCUGUUCGACGACCGGACAACUUCGUGGAACGUUGCGAAGCUCCCCAACCUACUCGAUGUUCUUGGUACAAAAGUCCCGGGUGUCAAUACUGCAUACCUUUACUUAGGCAUGUGGAAGGCUACAUUUGCCUGGCAUUUGGAGGACGUGGAUCUUUACAGCAUCAACUACAUCCACUUCGGCGCCCCCAAGCAGUGGUACAGCAUCUCGCAGGAAGAUGCGCGACGAUUCGAGGCUGCCAUGAAGAGCAUCUGGCCGAAUGACGCAAAGCACUGCUCUCAGUUCUUGCGACACAAGACUUACCUGAUCUCUCCUCAGCGACUGGAGAAGGACUUCAACAUCAAGGUCAAUCGGCUGGUUCACUACGAGGGCGAGUUCGUCAUCACGUAUCCGUAUGGAUACCAUUCCGGUUACAACAUUGGUUACAAUUGCGCUGAGUCGGUCAACUUCGCGAACGAGUCUUGGUUGAGUUACGGAAGAAUUGCCAAAAAGUGCAACUGCGAGUCGGACAGUGUCUGGGUUGAUGUGAACGAAAUCGAGCGCAAACUGAGGGGUGAACCAACACCUGAAUACUACGAAGAAACGGACGACGAAGAUGAUGAGGACGGUGCGGACCUUCUUCCCAGUCCUCCACCCAGCGUUGUCGGUAAGCCCAAGAAGAAGCCUGGCAGGAAACCAGGAAACAAGAGGAAGCGAGCAAACGACGAGGUUCAAGAAACGCCGCGACCCAAGAAGCUGAAGCGCAUUCGAAUCCGCCUUAAGAUACCGGGUAGAGGCAUGCCGUGUAUUUUGUGCCCCAACGAUGUCGAAUACGACGAACUCCUGCCAACGGACAACGGUAUGAAGGCCCAUAGGAUUUGCGCCGACUACACUCCAGAGACGUGGAUAUCCUCGAAGCCAAACGAGAAAGUAUGCAAUGUCGCCAAUAUCGGCAAGGACCGUCUCGAGCUCAAGUGUAACUAUUGUCGAUCGAAACGUGGCGCGGUCUUCCAGUGUUCCCAGAAGAAAUGCACUAGGGCUUUCCACGCCACUUGCGCUGUGGCGGCUGGUGUGCAGGUCGAUCUUGGUCCCAUGCCCACGUUUGACGAGGAGGGCACUGAGUACUUCUAUGAUGGAUAUGACUUCCGAUGUCGCUUCCACCGGCCGAAGAAGAGGAAUAACAAGACUGUUGAUGUCGAGUCAUUGGAGAAGGACAAGUUCGUCAUGAACUAUGGCAAGACGCUGAAGCCCAUGGACGUCAUCCAAUUCCAGUAUGUUGGAGGCGAGAUGUACCAGAUCUAUGGUGCACAAGUUGUCGAGAACCGGCCUGGCGAGCAGUCUGCGCUGGUCGAUGUACUUCCGGAUGGCGACCGUGUGGAGGUUGAGUGGAAGUACAUCCUGAAGCUCCAUCCUGAAGAAUCGCAGCGCCUCAAGCCAUCCGCAAACGCCAAGCCACUCCCCGAGCAUCUCAAAGAAAGCGACGCAUCUCUGGACAUUACCAACCGCACGGAUGGUGUUCCAGAGAUUGGCGACCCAUUCCAUGAUCCCAACUCUGAACAAAGAUGGGCCGAGUGGCACACUGCGCCGGAGGUUACUCGGAGAGCUCCCAAGAUUGAUUUUAGCAAGGAGAAUCGACUCUGGUACUAUCUUGGAAAACCAUCGACCGAGGCAAAGCCGCAGUAUACGGAGAACUUGGCGCUACGAAGAAACAACCCCAAGAGCAACUUCAUGGACACUGUCAGACCUCCGCCUCCGCCCGUUCCGGUAUUCGACCGGCGCUCCUACCCGGCUUCGUACCCACUCAAGCCAGCUCCUAUCCAGACUCAAAUGCCCCCGCGCACGCCGAUGCAGCAACAGAUUCGACCUGCAGACAGACCAUAUACGUACAAGCCGAGGGAGGGCAUGAUGACGACGUGGAAGUCGCCUGUUUACAAUUCCGGGGCGGAUACGCGAAACAAUCCAAACUCUCCUGUUGCUCAUCAACCAAACGUCAGCUACGACCACCGAGCGCCGGCCCCUCCGAAUGGACAGCAGGCAUAUCCCGCAUAUCACAGCCAUCGUCCCCCGCAGCAGCAGCAGUACCAGUAUCAGCCAUACGUACCGCCUCAGAACAACUCCACCUCGAGUUGGAAGCAACAGCCCGUGACCGCAGGGCCACUGCUCAAUGGUAUCGAUCAAUAUGCUCACCCGUAUCAGUCCAACCAGGCCUUGCCGCCAUACCCAUACCAACCUCCGGCUAGCUCGCAGAGCCCUCGACAGCUGCCGCCAUUCCCGUACGCUUCAGGUUCAGGCCAGAACAUGACGCCGGCAUAUAGCCCUGCAGGUGCUCACAACCGAGCCACGCAGGCUCCACCUCCAUCUUCGCAUGGCAUGUUGAGCAACCCAUCUGGGACUCCCAACCCUCCAAUGUACGCCGUCUCACCCUCCUCCUCUAUCGUUUAUGCUGCAACCUCCCCUAUUGAAUAUCUUGCCUACGUAACGAACUACCCCUACCUCAAAAACGCGUACCUUCGGCGAGCAAAAACUUACAUUUCUCCUUAUAGUCCUGGUGGUGGUUUUACACCAGAGUGGAAGCCCAAGCCGACGACAGCACGUCCUGCGAUUGCUCCAAGGCCUCCCCCUGCGGCGCAACAGGGAUCCCAUCAAGGACACCCGCCGGCUGGUGCGUCUGCCCCGCGGCCAACAGCACAGUUUCAGUCUCCCCACGACUUCCAGCGCGAAAUGGAGCGAGCACCACAGGCUGGGAACGGAACGCCGAAAUGGGAGCAGAUGCUCAAGCAGCUGGCCACGUCGACGGGUUCUGCAACUGCGCCGACCGUCACAGCGCCCCCGUCAUAUGCGUCGCAGUCCCCAUAUCCGCCGCAGCCCCAAUACACACCCUCGUCAAGCGGACCGUGGACGCAGCCGCCGCAGACGGAAUCCCAGCGCCCGAUCCCAAGCCCGCUGAGCGACGGAGCAACGAGCCCGCAGAGACCCGAGUACAGUCCUAUCAGCGACGACGGCAACGCCACGGUCGCUGCGCCGUCUCCUGUGCCAGGGCAGUCGGCGGUCCACGGUGCAGGCGCGGAGACGUGGCGGUAUACUUAG